AUGUCUCACGAGUCUGCGCCUAAGAAAAAACAGAAUCAAAACAAAGGCAAGCGGCCCAAAGCCCAUCUCCCAAAGGGUAGCCCCGCAUCUCCGCUGAGGCUGGCGCUGAGGCUGGUCGAUGGCUGCGUGCUCAAAGGGCACUCCACACCCCACAUACACCCAACCCAGCCACUCCAGAGCCAGGAAUCCACUCCACAAUCCCUCCACGACCCAAUCCAGCCACCCCAGGGUCAGGCAUCCACUCCGCACCCCCUCCAUGACCCCAGCCAGCCACCCCAGGGUCAGGCAUCCACUCCACACCCAAUCCACGAUCCCAUACGGCCACCCCAGGGCAAGAUAUCCACUCCACACUCCGACCACUACCCCACCCAGCCACCUCAGGGCAAGAAAUUCACUCCACACCCCCACCACGACCCCAUCCAGUCACCCCAGAGCAUAGCAUCCACUCAACACCACGACCACCACCCACCCACCCACCCAAGAGCAUAG